AGCAAUCUCAUUCUCGUCUUUGUUUUUUUCUUUCCCAAACCCCAAGAACUUCACAUUUUCGAAUUAAAACCCUAAGCCUUCCUGGUUUCUUCUUUCUGUCUUUCUUUUUGAUUUUCUUUUUGCAGUUAGGACAGGGAGAUAAAGGAGCGAAAUUCGAACAAAAACAUAUAGAUCUCCCAGUCUUACUAUUUUCUUUUGUUGCACUGUUUGCCUUCGGACUUUGGGUGUAGAUCAUUGCUUCGCUUCGACAAUGAACGAUCUUCUCAAGGAUUCGUUUGAGCUCCCUCGGGGUCAAUCUUCUAGAGGUGGAGAUAUCGAGUUAGGGGGACAAGGACAGUCGAAUCCUGGAGAUCAAGGACUAGAAGAUUUCUUCAAAAAGGUUCAGGAAAUUGACAAACAAUAUGAGAAGCUAGAUAAGCUUCUAAAGAAGCUUCAGGCUGCCCAUGAGGAGUCAAAGGCUGUCACUAAAGCUCCCUCCAUGAAAGCAAUAAAGAAGAAAAUGGAAAAAGACGUGGACGAAGUUGGAAGUAUUGCCCGUUUCAUAAAGGGGAAACUUGAGGAGCUGGACAGAGAGAAUUUAGCAAAUAGACAGAAGCCUGGAUGUGGAAAAGGAUCUGGUGUAGACAGAUCGAGAACAGCAACUACUCUUUCCUUAAAAAAGAAGUUGAAAGACAAAAUGGCUGAGUUUCAGAUUCUACGAGAGAACAUACAACAAGAGUAUCGGGAAGUGGUGGAAAGACGUGUUUUUACAGUGACUGGUCAACGAGCUGAUGAAGAGACAAUUGACCAAUUGAUAGAAACUGGAGACAGUGAACAAAUCUUUCAAAAAGCUAUUCAAGAGCAGGGACGAGGACAGAUAAUGGACACGUUGGCUGAAAUUCAAGAGCGUCAUGAUGCUGUUAAGGACUUGGAAAAGAAACUUCUGGACUUACAGCAGAUAUUUCUGGACAUGGCGGUUUUGGUUGAUGCUCAAGGAGAACUGCUUGACAACAUAGAAUCCCAGGUGUCGAAUGCGGUGGAUCAUGUACAGUCGGGGAACACGGCUCUGCAGAGAGCAAAGAGCCUGCAGAAGAACUCGAGGAAAUGGAUGUGCAUAGCCAUUAUCAUCCUUCUCAUCAUCGUCGCCGUCAUCGUUGUCGGUGUUCUCAAGCCAUGGCAGAACAAGAACGGCGCCUAAUGUAAAGAAGUUUCGGACCGAAAUGGAUGGUUGACCGCCUGUCUCUCCUCCGGUGAGUUCUCACGACAUUGAUGAUCUUUGAGGAACAUUUUUUUUUUUUUUUGAGGUUUGUGUUGAAGAGAAUCACCAGAAACUGUUUCUUCAUAAUGGCGUUUGCGUAUUUUUGUUAUAUAUUCUUGUACUUGGAUCAAACACACCAUUCUGCCUUGUUCCUUGUGAAAUUUGAUUGUGAAAAAGGAUGUUUAUUAUAUA